AUGACAACUAAAAGCUGGGAUUCCUAUUUCGACGAGAUAGAACCUGAUAAAUGGCGCUUCUUCGACUUCUACCAGCAUCGUCAACGUCAAAGUGACUUUAAUAACUCAUUUUCAAGUGAAUCUUUCGUGCUGAAGAAAUCAUUAGAUUGUUUGUUAGAGAAGGGCUCGUAUGAAGCUAAGAAGCACGCUAAACGUCUCUUGAAUACAUUUAAGGCAA